AUGCUUGUAGUAGGAAUUGGAAGCAAGAAAUUUGCUAGAAAUAUAACAGACAUUGGUCUUUUUUUUCGAAAUAGCGCGGAGAAAACGUCGCACAUUAUGGUAUGGAGAAAUGCAAUCAAAAUUGUGGUCGCAACUAGCGAAGCUUUGAGCAAAGCAUUCACUCGAGCAGUACGGGAAGAAAUCAGAGCAAGUCAGCAAGCGGCUGCUAGUCGCGCUCAGCAAACUGGUGAGAGUCAGCAUGAGGAACGUAAGGCCAGUCGAACAAAUGCGAGACUUGGAAUAUCUUUGCAGGAAGCGAUGAAAAUCCUGAAUGUGCAAGAUCCAUUGAAGCCUGAAGAAGUCGAAAAGAAUUAUAGGCAUUUAUUCGACAUAAAUGACAAAACCAAAGGAGGUUCAUUGUAUCUGCAGUCAAAAAUAUACCGCGCAAAAGAGCGAAUAGAUGAAGAAUUGCAAAAAUGGUUCGAAUCUGAAAUUCAGGAAGCAAAAGAAGUGAAAAAAAAGGAAAAAAUUUUUGUCAUGGCUGCUUUCCCGCUUCAUCUAAUUCAGUCUGUUGAAAAAUAUGGCGCAACCGCUAGCCCUGAGGAUUAUAAAAAUGUUUGCGAAAAGUUGUGUCAGAAGUUGAUAGAUGACGGUCCCUCAAAACUGGAGGAAUCAAUCUGCAGUCAAGUUUAUUGGAGUACGGCUGCUGGAGUGCUUGUAGAGGUAGCCAGACGUGGUCUAUCUGUGGCAACAUUUGAGGAAUUAUUACCGAAAAACGAGCUGUCGCGGGCUAUUGUCAGUGUCUACAAGGAAAACGAACAAUCAAUCCGAAAAUCUAUGGCAACAAUUGGUUGGGAGCCACCACGAGUUGUUGACAUCUCUUGGAAACUUUCUAAAACUUUGGAGACAGACAAAGGUACGAAGGAAACAGCUAUGGCUGAAAUCCAUUUGGAUACAAUCCCUACUGGUUCAACAGUUCUAGAGAGGAUCUCGUUUUGUUGCAAUUCUGAUGAUUUACAGAACAUUUUGUGGAAAUUGAAAGAAGCGCAAAAUGCAGUUGUAAAUAUGAAGAAUUAUAAAUGA